UCUCCAAGCAAGCAAGUUGGCGAAUGGCGUGCUUAGAGACGAUGGCUGAUCAUGGCGGCGGCCGGGAUCAGCAGUUGCAGCCUCUGACCGACGCCGAACACGGUUCCUUCCACGGUCUCAUGCUCAACGAGGUCCAGAGCCGCCUGGGGGGGCCCCUGCACGGCCUGAGCCUCGGCGACCUCCUCGAGCAUGCCCCUCUCGUCGCCGACGGGCUCCGUUGCAGUUGGAGCGGCGGCGUGCCGCGUGUCCUGAGCAAGAAGACCAUUGUCGAGGCGUGGAGGGACAUCCAGCUGCGGCACGAGGAGGGGAGCAGUGAACGCGCUGUGCUCGGCGAAAUGACCGUCGAGGACUUCUUGCCGAAAGCGGGCGCGGCUGCACAAGGCACGGAUUCUGGUGUUGCGGACGCUCAUGCAGUGCGUUCCCCCGGCCGAGGGAGCAAUUCGUCGGCUGCUGCAGCGACCGCGCCGCCGCGUUCACGACGACGGAGGAGGGUAGCAACAGAGGACGUGGCCGAGAAGAUGGUAGAGCGGAGGCAGAAGAGAAUGAUCAAGAACCGGGAGUCAGCUGCUCGAUCUCGAGCAAGGAGGCAGGCUUACACGAACGAGCUAGAGAACAAGGUCGUCCUCCUCGAAGAAGAGAACCAAAGACUCGUGAAACACAAGGAAUUAGAAGCAGUAGAACGUAGCAUGCCACAUCCAGAUCCGAAACACCAGCUCCGACGUACGAGUUCAGCUCCAUUCUGACCAUGUCAAUAUCGAUCUUCGAUGAGGUAAUCCGGUGAAACAUUUGCCCAUCUGUUACGUGAGCUAUCGAGCUCGAUAUGUUCACGAGGGAGAUGGUGGAAGCUCAACAGGCCGUGGCUGCCAUGUUUGUUUCGGCUUCCUAGCAUCGAAUGCUGUCUGUGCUCUCUUUAUGGUGCUAAUGGAUGCUUUUACUUUGGAGAUGGGAUGUGAUUU